AUGCUUCUCGACGAGCUGGACUUAGUGAACGAACGACGCGACGGUGCACUAAUCCGCAUCCAAAACUACCAGCAAGCAACGGCUAGGUACUACAACACCAACGUUCGAAGCAGAAGAUUCAGAGUAGGAGACCUGGCCCUCCGGAAAGUUUUCCAGAACACCGCCGAACUUAACGCAGGAAAGUUGGGCGCGAACUGGGAAGGUCCCUACAGAAUCACCGACAUCGUGCGACCCGGCGCUUACAGAAUCGAAACUAUGGAUGGAAAAACGAUACAGAAGCCCUGGAACGUGAUGCACUUGAAGAAGGAAGCACAUGGAGGAGGACUUAUGGGACAUUUUGGAGUUGCCAAGACCAUACAGAUCAUGAGAGAUCAUUUUCAUUGGCCACACAUGAUUAGAGAUGUGGAGCACAUAUGUGCUCGCUGCACCACUUGUAAGUUGGCCAAAUCCAAGGUCCAACCCCACGGUUUGUAUACUCCUCUCCCUAUUCCAUCACAACCUUGGACUGAUGUUUCCAUGGACUUUGUUCUUGGUUUACCCAGAACUAGACAUGGAAAGGAUUCCAUUUUUGUGAUUGUGGAUAGAUUUUCUAAGAUGGCUCAUUUUGUUGCAUGCAAUAAAACUGAUGAUGCAUCUCAUGUUGCUGCAUUGUUCUUUAAAGAUGUCAUUAGAUUGCAUGGCAUGCCGCGCACCAUUGUUUCUGAUCGUGACACUAAUUUCUUAGUUACUUUUGGAAAACCUUGUGGUCUAAGUUAG